AUGGGGUCCAAGACCUCCAAAACCGAAAGGAUCACAUCAUCCUGCUCUAGGACAAGAUUCUCUCAAGAUGAUCUGCAAUCGAGAGCUACGGAACAAACAGACGAUUCCAGUCUGUCACCCAUGCCAACGAAGGUCUCGCACUCAUUGAAGAGUCUCAAGAUUUCAAAACACCUGUCGGAGAAUCUAAACGAGGCGAAAGAAUGGCCAUCCAUGCUUCCUGCUAAUGAAGAAGCAUUGGACGACCCAACACGGCGGCGUUGGUUGCCAAAAAAAGAAGAUUAUUCGCACCAAUCGUCUCCCGCUACGGAUGGCGGCUCCAAGACCAUUCCGGUCAAGUUGCCUGCUGCUUCCACAAACAACUAUGAAGAGUUCGCUCUUGAAGAAGAGUCGAACGAAGCUCGCUACCUUGCGAAAAUGUACGAUUCCAGAACCUGGGAAAUGUACCGCCGGAUAACCGAGGCUCGCAAAAAUUCUCCUUACCAAAGUACUACUACUUCUACAUCUUGCAUGAUCCCCAAGGGUAGUGAAAGUACUUCGGAAUGGGAAAACUUGCAACAAGAGGUGGAUGUCUCUCCGAGUGGACACGAAAUGAUUUUUCUCUUUGACUUUGACUAA